UACGAUCAUAACUCGCGUUGUGUCAGUACUUGGACAUAGGCAACGUGACCAUGGGCUGACAGAUAGUUACGACUUCCCCUCCUUCCUGCCACCCACUUUGUGGACUUGGGAGCAUUAACGGGCGGAUGUGGAGCUCUUAAUAUCUCGAGUGCGCGUUCGAUAAGCCAAAGGUCCUGUCGCGUGCGUUGCCUCGCAGCGGCACAACCGGUACUGAUACCAGACACACGUCUAUUCCCAGGAAGUCGUGGCCAGAUUCAUCAUGCAUCUGGGUAAAACAACGAAGACGCGAGAGAACUUUGGUGGUUGGGUGCUGCCCGUCGAGCAGAUGGACAAUCUUAAAAAAAAGCCAUAUGUGUACAAUGCAAGUGCAGGCUCGGUUUUGGAGCUUCUAUUUCUCCAGAGGUUUUGGGUGUGGUGUGUCCAGUUUGUGCCUGCAAGGAUAGCACCGUGUGUUCUCACGUGUUCAGGACUUCUAAUAAAUGUGUGUUGCUGCUUGCUUCUGCUAAGCUACAGCACUGAUCUGCGCUCAGAGGCGCCAUGGUGGACCUUUGUGCUGUGUGCAUUGUCUUUGUUCCUGUACCAACUGCUGGACGCUUUAGAUGGCAAACAGGCCAUCAAGGUGCAGAAUACCGCCCUGGAGGAAGUUUAUGACCAUGGUUGUGAUGCCCUGUCUACUUUCUUUGUCACUACAUCUGCUUCCAUCGCCAUGCAACUGGGGGAUUCUCCUGCGCUCCUGGUCACUUUUUUUUUUCUGUCUGCACUGGCAUUCUAUUCUACUCACUGGCAGGACUAUGUGACUCAUGUAAUGGUCUUUGGCAAAAUGGACGUCUCCGAGUGUCAGUGUACCAUGAUGGCUGUCCACCUUUUAACAGCUAUCUAUGGUCAAAAUCUGUGGAUGCAGAACGUGUUUUACGGCGUUCAGCUACGCGAGAUCAUGGUGCUUCUGUCUUAUUGCUGCCUGGUCUUUGCGACAUUAGGCAACAUCCGCAUUGUCCUUGGUGGCAAGACCCCUCUUGAUGGCCUUGUCAAGAUCCCUCGCCGUACGGAGCGCACAUGGUACCCUCUGGCUGCUCUUCUGAGCCUGUCUGCUUGUCUAUGGACUACCUUUAAGGCUGGUCUCAUGAUUGCCCACCCUGUGAUGUUCCUGGUCACAUAUGGCUUUGCUUUUGCAAAGAUCACCAUCAGGCUAGUGCUGACAACGGUGUCUGACGGAGAAUUGGACCUUUGGGACAGCAGCCUGGUGGCACCCCUGUUCCUCUGCCUGAAUGCUCUGCUCAGUGCUACGCCCCUUUCGCUACCCAUCACCUCAGCACUCAUGUGCGCUAUGGUGUACAGUGUGAUGGACUUUGCUCGUUACUUCACCUACGCUAGCUGGGACAUGCGGGAUGCACUGGACGUGUGGAUAUUUUCUCUCAAGUACCCUGUUGGAGACCCACGAUGUCGUAAUGGCAAUAACGGCGUGUACCUGACGGGCCUCAACAAUGAUGAGCUGCUUAAGAAGGCAUGUGCUGAAGCAUCGUCUGCCAGUGUUGGGGCAGCGUCAUCCACUAGCACAAAGCAGAAGAGUGGCAAGCUGAGGCUACGAAAGCAUCUUGGUCGUUGCAUGGGGAAGGAGUGCCUCAACUGAAAGUGGCCAUAGUGUGCAGAAGAUGAUGCCGAGAUAUGUGUGGGAAUAAUGUAACGAUUCUAUUUGAGUGCUAGUCCUUUUUGAUUUUUUGUCACUGGCAUCCUCCAGUAUAUCACUGGGGUGGGCCGGUCAUGAGCGGUAGAUGAUUAUGAAUAGAAUUGAGUGAAAAGAAUCCUUGCAUUAUACCGUCCCUGGAUAUGAACAAUGACUGCUUCGGUUGAAUGCAACAGACUGGUGAGUUGUGCCAAGGGGAUGUGCAUAAGUUUAAUUUUGCUGAAGCAAGGAAUUAUAUGAGAAUGGUUGCUUGUGCCAGGCUUGAACACUUAAUAUUGUGGCACUUAUGUAAAUAGUUACGAUAAUGAAUCUGUAGUCUUAUUCACGCACAAAAGGGAAAACUUGGGAAAUACUUUAAAACAGGAGAUUGGAUGCGAUGCCGUAUCUGCAAACAUUAAUGAUGGAAAGCGGAAGAGAGGAAGGAAAGUUAAUAUAUAACUCAUUUAAAUGAAGUCUCAUUUCAUCUACAUUUCAACUCAUUUGAAUGAAGUGUUUGAAAGGGCAGAUGCGCAAUUUAUGGUAUAAUUGCAAUCAAUUUGUCCAGCCAACCCUGGUUAAACUGCAGCUAGCAGUUUUUAAUCAUUUGCCUUAAUUUUAGAACUGGUCAUAAUACUUAACUGAGGCAAAAUUGGAAGAGUAGAGAAAGCUUCCAUGAUGAGAAACCGCUGUUGCAGAAAUGCAGCAUCAAGGCUUGUUUUUGUGGAAAGAAACAUCUCAUAGAGAGAUGAAAAAAAGUUUAUUUACACUUGUUUCCUGUGUGUUCUGGUUGUUUGUGGAGUUUGCGAGUUUUUGACCACUUGAUUGUUACCUAAAGAUGAAGCAUGCAAUGAGGAUUUUAGAGAUAUAAAAAUAAAAAGAAGGUUAAAUAGAAUGAAAGUUUAGCCCACCCUUGUGUUAGAAGGGAAAAGCAUCAAAUUGUUUGCUGCCCCAGACAGCACCACCAAUAUCAUCCACAUAAAGUGAUGCAUUGUUGAACCGUUGUUAUAAGCAUGCAGAAUAUUCUAAGGCAAUUUUUUUUCAUCAAGAGGCUUUAUUUGUGCAUUCUUCAGACUUUCUGAGUGAAUUGUACAAGCCAAGGCCAGUUGCUUAAUAUAGUGGAGAAUAGUUCACAUCGGAAAAGUUGUUCGGCAGUCAGUAAUGUUCUCUACUUAAACAAAUAACUAGGCUUGCAUGUUAUUCACGCACUGAAUGCUACCAACAGAGAAUUGUUCGAUUGUAACUAAAAUCUAGCUAGUGCAUAACUGUGGUUGAUUGAGGAAGGAUAUAGGGCCAGAGAUUGCUUCUACAGCAGCUUAGAUGAAUGUGAGUGGAUGAUGGAAUCCUGUCUGAUUGGGGAGGUUCGUUUUAUAAAGAUCAAGCACAAAAGUUACUUGGAUUACUAUUUGUGAGAAAGGUUUCCGUGUGAGAGCUGAAACAUUAAUCCUACAAACUUUGUUGUAGUCGGCGUCCCCCCUUUAUUUGUUUGUUUAUUCUUUAGGAGGUCUUGAAAUUCUAUGGAAACAACAUGAAACGCAACAGAUUGCCAACUGCAGUGAAGUGGAAUUUAAGGUAGAGCAGCCACAUGCUUUUGCCAUCUGCUAAGUGUGUGCACAUUAGAUAUUGAUUAUCAGGUCUUUGACCUGUUCAGACUGGGAUACAUAGCGCAAAAAAUGACACAGGGACAAGCAGUACACAGGACGAGCGCUUGUCCCUGUGUCAUUUUUUGCGCUAUGUAUCACAGUCUGAAUGUAUCCCACCAACACGCCCAAACUUCUUCCCUGCUUUGACCUGUUGUUUACAUUGACGACUAACCAUGUGCCACCAAUGGCAUUUGUUUCACUACCUUGUUAAAUAUUGCAAGAGAACAGGCAGGCUGCCUGAUAUGGUAAUGCACUCAUGCGCACACCGAUGUUGUCAUUAUUAAGUUUCAUUUUUAAAGCUUUUGCUUUUCACAAAUUGUUUCUCAGCUGGGGAGCUGGUCUUUUGAAAAAAUAAAAAGCUUUUUGUGUUCAAAGCAGCAAGAUGAUGGUGUCAUAAUGGUAUGUGAUGCAAGUAUUUAUUGUGCUACUGUUUUGGAACUCGCUGCCUUCAAGAACUCUUCUGUUGAGCAAAUCAAAGUCAUGUUGAUGUGUGUGACUCUAUAGUGUUGUUAACAUUAUUAGAAUUAUGUGCUUUGUUACCACGGGAAUAGCAGCAUAUAUUUGUGAUGUGUUUGCCAACUGUAUGUGCAUGUACAUUUCACUUUUGAUUUUCUGUUCCAAUGUUUGCCAGUGCUUCAGUGCAGCUUCGGGAGGCUACCUGCUUAUUGCACCAAAGCAGUCUGCUAAAGGGGUAUCAAAAGCAAAGCAUGUCAAGCCAACCCGGUGAUUGCUUCUCCAGAAUAUCCAAUGUUACCAAGUUAGAAAGUGAUGUAAAUGUAGGGCAAGGGUGGCAGAAUCAUUGCAAAAAUGUGGCUUCAGAUUUUGAAAUGCCAGCAUUAAUAUUGUACAGCACUAUUGCGAAAUACACUAGCUCCUUCCUGGUGGUGUCCUCAUGUAUGGUAAAUAGUUGUCAACUGCUGGUAAUUCGUAACUAUACGAUAACUACAUUUCAUUUCACCAUUAAAGAAAAUCUAAGUCUGGCUAACUUUGUAAAACUUCCCUUUGGAAAAAUUUGCUGAUGUUUCUCAGUACUGCUCUGCUGGUACUGCUUGCACGAAUUUGGCACCCUCCCGUGAAUCACCGAGGUAGUAUUACUCAGCAGAGCAUGAUUUUCGCCAUUGCGAUGCAUUUGCUGUUUUCCCCGGUGACAUGCUCGGAUUUCUUUUGCGUCAACUAAGUUGUGUCUUGGUAUAAAAGAAAUGAUGAGAUAUUCUGUCUUGUUGAUCAAUAUAUUUAACAGAAUGUUUGCCUUUGGUAACCUUUUAGUGUGAACCCGUAUUGACUUUGCUGGUAUGGGAUGUGAUAUGUGAUGUGUGUAUGGCAUAUGCGAGACCUUAUGCAUGGCAUGUGAUGGAAGCCUAAGUUGGGGAAGUAAUCAAAUGGGCUGUGGUUUGUGCCUGUGAUGCAAGUAUGCGAUGUGCGGCAAAAGUUGUUGGCAAUUGUGUGGCAAGGCACGUGCUUACAUGCGGUGAGGUUUGGCCGAAACUUUUGAACAUUGCUGACAAGACAAUUUAGGGUUGUUAUGGAAACAGCUUAGUUGCAUUUGCUAGACAGCAGUAUGCUGUGGCAGCAUAGAGUAGCGUGCCCUUUGCAUGAAGUUGCUACAGAUUGUAUUAGUUUCAUGUCAAAAAUUUUUAUUGAAACCAACACGCUCUGGUCUGGUUGUUGAGAGCCAGUUUUGUUUUAUUUUGUCUGUGAAGGUCGCCAAGACUUUCUUCUUUUAGUCUGGUGCAUCUUUUUGCAGGUGUGUGCUGCAUUAAGUUUAGUUCCAAACAGACAAAUGCGGCUAUGGUGAGGCUGUAGUUUAUUAUUAUAAUAAAACUUUAACAGGAGCCACAGAGCAUUUUAUUAGUGCAAAUAGUGUAGUCUAAAGGAAUGAUUCUCUUGAAUGCUGUAAGAUGAGGGGCAUAAAGAGGUCCUUGCAGCUUAAUUUUAUUUUUCUGAAUUAGUUAUAGCAAUAUAUUUUUGUACAUUUUGUUUGUGUUCUGCACUCGUGCGCAAUUCAAAGUAGGGUGAAUGACCAAAACAAUCAAAUGAAAUCAUGUACUCUGUGCUGCCUUCAACAUUACAUUGUGGUCGUUGCAGCUUCUUUUCUAAUCAGCAUUUGGAUGGUUUCUGUUGCUUGACUUUUUUAGCUCGCUUCUUUUCCAGUUUUAUUUUACUCAAGGUUUUAACUUUUGUGUCUACCUGUUUUAAGCGAGUUUUUCAUACUUAACUUUUUAGGUCUUCAUUGUGCACGUUGCUCAUUUUGGUUGUUGGUCGCCUCUUGUCGUCUUUGUCAAUAUGCUGUGAAUAAAGAUGGAGGCUGCUUAUAUUUGGCAGCAGGAAGUGCCAAGGUGUGUGUUAGAGCUAGUCCUACUGAACUUUAAUAUCAACUCUUGCUGCAACAUGCUUAGUCCCAAGUGAUAAUGACUGGUGAUUUUGAGAGUACCUGAGCGUGGCUUGCUUUCUCAAUGCACAAGUUGCAGGCAAAGGUAGUGCAGCAAUACUUCAGAUGAUAGUGUGCACAUGCUUAAUUUCUACUUACAGUAUGCCUUAAUGUGCUGUGCAAGCAUAUCAGGGGCGAAAUAUUUACAUUUAUUAGAAAUAUAUAGCAUAAUAGAGGUGCGAGAGCUUAGACAUACUGUAAUGGCAGAAGAUGUGGGGCAGCACUAAUGGCAAUAUCUUUGGAUGCUAUGCUAUCACUAGCCACAACAUUCUAGAAACAUUCUUGUGCCCCAAAGCUGUUUCUUCAAGGUUGAAGGUGUAUUCAAAAGUACCCAUCUGGUGAUUGCACAUAUGCCAGCAGAAAAACGGAAUACAGCUAGCUAGUUAUCCCAAAUAAGUUCUGGAUGUUUUCGAAACAGUGCCACAAGGUGUCACUGCCGGCACUGCUGCUCGCAUCUGCAUCCACUGGUAUACAUAUGUCUACACUGAAAUUCUCCAGUCUCUUCGCACAAUCUACGAAGUGUCAUUAGUACAGGACAUGAACUCAGUCUCUCUUGAGCAUGGUGUUACUUCUUCCAGCAUUUGCCACGCACAAAAUUUCAUUGCAAUAAGUUUCAUUAACAAACCAAAUUGAGAAAUUGACAAAAAAUGCUCAAGCUUCAGAUCAAGAUCAGGGUGCACCAUUAAUAAGCUUAUUCAGGAACAGUGUGCAGGCGAGAGUAUGAUGUGGUGAUAGAUGCUGAACAAAUAUUUUACAUUUUUGCACAUGUCACUUCAUGAAGAUAUAAAAACAUUUUCCCCUUUUUCUUACUGUAUUCUUUCAUUGCAUAUUAUGUACAAACGGUGUAGUGUACUGCUCUUGGCUUGACACAGUGCUGUAAAGUGCUGCUGUGCUUUUUCUUAGUUUUAUAAUGAUGAUUUAUCAGAAGUGCAUAGAGAGAGAAGGGAAGAAGGAAAGGCAGUGCAUAAAAGUGUGAUGUACUUGUUAUGUGCCGUUUUGAAUAAAACAGUACGACUGUUA